AGUUUGUGUAUUGAAUUAUUCAAUUAUUCCAUCAUCUACCAUCUAGUCGUCUCCUUGGUGAUCUAAGGACUUUAUCAUCUUCCUUCGUAGCAAAUUCUCUUCGUCUGUCUCAUACAUUUAAACACACAUAGAUAUACACUUAAUAAUCUUCCUUAAUUUUAAGAAAAAAAACAUGGAGAAAACCCAAGAAUCGGUGGUUAGAUAUGGAAGAAAGAUAGAGAAAAUGCCGUUUCUUAUGCCUGCCGGUCGAGUUGUCUUUGCAACUGCGUUCAUCGUGUCUGCUUGGAGAGAGUAUUAUGGUUUCGGAGUAGCUGCCGAUGAGUUAAGACCAAAACUUGGUUUCUUUGAGAACCAGGCAAAGUACAUAGUUUCUCUUGGUAUAAUGAUGAAGUUUAUUGGAGGGAUCUUAUUCAUCUUCAACACCUACCUAGGAGCUUCGCCUUUGCUUGUAUACCAAGCCAUUUUGAGUCCGAUAUUGUACGAUUUCUACAAUCGCGAUUUUGAUAGAGACCAUUUCACCAUUUUCUACACAAAGUUCAAAGAGUUUGUGAAUGAGACGGUGUCAGCAGAUGAUGGAGUGGCCAUGAGCCUCUAUACCUCUAUGGUUAACGAAGAAUCGCGCCAGAAAUUCUGCGAUCAGCUUAACGAGAUUGCAAGACUAGCCAUCUCGAAUCCUCUAUUCACACCAAGCGAGUUUAACACAUUGUUCAUUAGGUUUAUUAAGGGUGUUGGAAUAGUAGCUGCAUUGGCGUGCUUCAUGGCGAUGAAACAUAGGCAUGGGGUGCUCAUCAAGAAGACGUCCAAGAAGCAAAAAACUAACUGAUCCAGUUUGGCUUAUUUACUUGUGUCUCAAUCAACAAGUGAUUUCUUUGUUUUUCAAUAAUUUUUAGUUUCUUUUGAAGAUUUGUGAGUUUUUUCUUUUGGCUAUGAAUAAAUAGCUUGUAUUUGAUUAUGAUGUUGUAUUUUCAUUUCCCGAACAAAUUCAAAUUUCCUUCGGAUCAUUUGAUUUAGUUUUUUUU